AUGGCGAAAUUGCAUUACGCUCUGCUCCUCCUCAUCUCUCUCAUUUCUCAUGCCAAUGCCGAUAUCAAAACCCUAAGUCUAACCUCCGAUCCUCGUCAGAUCAUCUUUCUCCGUAAGUUCGCCUUCACGCACCACGGCCAGGUUUUCAUCUCCGCUUCUGAUGUCUCCGUCACUUCUUCAUCAAUCUAUACACUGGAUUCACGUUUCGGCUUUUUCCUGCUCUCGAAGGAAGCUCUUCGCCAAGUCCUCCUUGAGGACGAGCAAAACGCUGACUUCUGCGUCCUCGACUCCUUCUACACCGUCCCUCUAUUCACCUUCCGCGACCUCUCUCCACCACCACACCGCUUCUUUAACAGAACCUAUCCCAUUAAUAAUCCCGGUGAAUACUCACUGUUCUUUGCCAAGUGCGAUCCGGUGGCCCGUGUAUCCAUGAAUGUCCAUGUUGAGUUGUACAAUCUCGAUUCCAACGGCUCCAAAAAUUACCUCUCGAUUGGACAAUCGAGGCUAAUUCUACUCUUCUUCAUGUUCUCUCUUGCUUUCUUCUUCCUCUCAGUUCUCUGGGCCUAUUGCUGCUAUUGCAGCAAAGAAUCCACAAACCGGGUCCAUCUCUUGAUCACCGGAUUGAUUACGGUGAAAACACUCAGUCUCAUCUGUGCCGGGCUGGAUACGUACUUCGUUAAACUUACUGGGACACCGCACGGUUGUGAUAUCAUGUUCCAAGUGACUCGAGUCAUAUCAUCACUUAUCAUCACAGCAUUGAUCAUAAUUGGAUUCUUCUUCUUCAAGCCAUUCUUGCAAGAGAAGGAGGCCCAGGUACUAAUUGUCACCAUCGCGCUUCAGGUUCUCCCCAAUCUGGCUUUCCCUUUUGCGGUGACGAUGGGAGAUGCUUGGCCUGGUGUGGUGAGGGGGCUGGCUUUCCUGAGCAUGAUCUGCACAUGCACCUUUCUCGUUACCGUGGGGAGGUCUAUUUGGUUGCUGAGAAAGGCUGCAAAGACUGAAGAGAAGGCGGCGAUGAGAUUGGCGAAGAUUGAAGAGUUUGCCCUAUAUUACGUCUUGGCAAUUGGUUAUUUGUAUGUCACGGUGAUGGUAGCCAUCGAUUUGAGGAUUGUCAUGGCAUAUGAGUACAACUGGGUGAGCAAUGCGGUGGAGGAGGGUGUGAAUCUAACGAUUUUUGUGGUGACGCUUUGUAUGUUCGGGCCUGUCAAUGACUUCAUCCUUCUUGACGCUGAAAAUGAGAAGGAAGAGACAAUGGCUGUAGCAAAUGAAUAG